GGAGUACACAAGAGAGGAGAUCGCUGUUAUCAUGGCACGCUGACCUUCUCACACACACUGCAGCAGGUCUGACAGCAGAUCGCAAGUUUACUGUUCACCAAACUGGACGUUUAUGCCCUGUGUUUGUAUAAAGUGAAGACGCUACGAUAACAAGGAUGCACACGGACGACAUCAUCGAGGCCGUCGGGGGCAUGUCCCGCUUCCAGAUCCUCAUGGUUGUCUUCAUAUUCGGUCCAAAGAUGCUGAUGGCGUGGGGGAUGUUAAUGAUGUCGUUUGCGGGGACUACUCCAGAUUGGUGGUGUGUCCCAGCUACAGCGGCCUCUGUUGAUGAGACCGACUACAUGAACAACGUCACAUUGAAAUUGUGUCCUUCCUCGGACAACAUCACCUGUCAGGUUGUGUUCAGCCAGGAUAAAAACACUGUCGCCAGCGAGUGGGAUCUCAUAUGUGACCAGAAUAUUCUCAAGUCCAUUAUCACAUCAGUUCAAAUGGCCGGAGUGUUCUUUGGGGCACUGUUUGGCAGACAGUCUGCUGACGUCCUCGGUCGGAAGUGGACUUACUUCAUCAGCCUGGUCCUUCAAAGUGGGUUCAAUCUGGUGGCAGCAUUCUCCGUCAACUGGCAGAUGUUUACAGCGUUGCGUUUUCUCAUCGGGAUGACGAUUGGCUCUCUUCUGGUUGUAAGCUACCCGUAUUUCAUGGAGUUCAUUGGAAGGAAAUGGCGACCAAUUGCAUCGGCAAUGCCAGUCUGGGUAACGGGUGUAUGUAUAUUUGCCCUGUCGAGCUAGUUGAGGCCUGACUGGUCUGAUCAACACAUCAUAGCGGCUGCCCUUCAUCUACCCUUCUUCGCCGGAUGGUUCUUUGUCCCAGAGAGUCUGCGCUGGUUGGCUGUAAAAGGGCGGACUGAUGAAGCUGAGAAAGUCGUGGAUCAGAUGAGUCGAUACAACAAAAGACAGAAGCCCACCAACACACUGCAGCUGCUGAAACAAGUGGCAGAAGAGGAGCAGAAACUAAGAGCGUCUGGCAGCAAGUACACGUACCUUGACAUCUACAGGGGCUGGAGCAUCUGCUGGAAGUCUCUCAUCAUACAGUUCAUUUGGAUGUGCAUGUCGCUGGUGUACUAUGGGAUAUCGUUCGGUGCAGGGAGACUCGCAGGCAACCUGUAUCUGAACAUCUUCCUUCUGGCAGUGGUGGAAGUGCCAGCCACUGUGAUGACGUUCUUCAUGAACAACAAAUUUGGCAGAAGAUGGACGGCUUUCAUUUUCUUUGCUGCAGCCACUGUCGGUUCCUUUGGUGUUUGCAUCGUGGCUAGAACAGUCGCUGAAGAUGACCAAGGGAUCAUUAUCAACGUCUUGGCUAUGCUGGCCAAACUCGGUGUUGGUGCUGCUUGGUGUGUUCUUCAGUUGCUGUCAAGUGAGACGUACCCGACUGUCACAAGAAAUUUGGGUUAUGGUGUGGCUAAUACAGCAGCUCGCAUUGGCGGAAUACUUGCUCCAUACAUCUUUGCAACGGGAGGAGAUGGUGAUGUCGUGGUGCCUUUCGUCAUUGUUGGAUCGACCAUGGCCGCCUGUGGAGUGUUAUCCCUGAUCCUGAAGGAGACGGGGGGUAAACCCCUCGCCGACACCCUGGGGGGCCAAGUGAACUCAUGUGGGGAUGUGCAAAUGGUGGUGACAGCAGCUGACGUGGAAAAGACGAAGCUGUAAACACACUGGCUCAAACAAACCGGCCACAACCCGAUGAACAGACACAAAAGAAACAAAUAUAUGGCUUUCCAUAUCUAGUGAGAGAGAGAGUGUUAGUUGUACUACAUAACAACAGUAAUAAUUCAAGUCUGGACCAGACAGUCAAGUGAUUGACUACAUGAACAUCGAUCCACGCAAUUUGGAUAUGACGACAUGCAUCAACCAAGUUAGCAAGACUGACCGCCCGAUCUCGUUAGUCACCCAUCACCACAAGUCGCCUUUUAGAGCAAGCAUGGGUUGCUGAAGACCUAUUCUUACUAGGAUCUUCACAGGUUGCCAUGUCCAGCAAUGGCGUAGCACAGGUUAUAGCAUCUGUAAACCUCAGUGACAGUCACUGACUCUAACACAAUUAGUUUUACACACCACAAUCAAAAUCUUGCAAAGUAUCCAGAACGUGUUUUGUUGGUGAGCAUGAAGGAACCAGUUUUCUACGAACAGCCAGACUUGGUAUUACACUUUUCAAGAAUAGAAACGCACAGGUAGAUUUUAAGUAAAUUUAUUGUAAAUAAAUCAUGGCUAUACAUCUCCUCGGCACUGACUGGAUAAGUGUACAAAUUCUGUCCUGCGCUGGCCAGUUGUGGGAGUGUCUUCUGCGUGUUCUCACGUUUACGUACACGUCGAUCGAGUUCAAGCCAGAGGUGUUCGAUUUGGUUGAGAUCUUGACGGUCAGGGCAAAAGGUUGAUGCUGGCAUUAUGAAGGUAGUCUACAGUGACACAAGCUGUGGUGGAGCGUUGUCCUGUUGAAACAGCUCCCUCUGGCGGUAAAUGACUGGAAGAAGGUGAGGUUGUAGAGUUUGAUUGAUGGAGCGAUUUGCUGUCAUAUUUCCGUGAACCACAACCAUGUCAGAUCUCGUGGUGUAGGAUAUGAAACCCCACACCAUGACACUACCUCCACCGAAUUGUCGAAUUCAGGUAUACAAUGUGGGGCAAAACCUAAUUUCGAUGACGAUAAACAUAUUGUCUUCCAUCUCGCCUGGUUCCUGACAGUCUGGUCUGAUAUCCUCCUCAAACCAGGGAUGCGUCCUGCUGUCUCUGUGGCUCUAACGAUCUUGUGCAGGAGUGGUAACUCUUGUUCGGCCAGUUCUCGGAUGAUCUGCAGUGGAAUUGAACUGUGUGUAUCGGUCUCAAAGGCGGCAAAUGGUUCUGUGGUGGACGUUGAAGUUGCCUGCAACGGAAGACUGCGAUUCCUCUCUUUGGAUACGUCCUAUGGCGAUGUUCCGAUGUGCCGAGUCUCGGCAUUUUUCAACUUAAUAUUAACAAUUGAAUGACAAAUUUCUGGGUCAUGCUUGCCUUUUUAUAACCACGAAUAAACGAAUGCCAUAACAUGCACAGGCAUUUCAGGCCACCGACAUU